AACUUCAUCAUGGUGCACUACAGCUACAUUGUCGGCAUGGCCAUUUUUACAUCGAUCCUGCUUUAUCCGGCGGGCCUCUUGCCAUACCUCGACGCCCUCUUCUUCGCUGUUGGCUGUGCGACUCAAUCUGGUCUGAACACAGUGGAUAUCAACUCAUUGCAUACAUACCAGCAAGUCGUCAUGAUGCUGAUCACCUGCAUCUGUACGCCCAUCUUCAUCAACACUGUCGUGGUCCUGAUCCGAUUAUACUGGUUCGAGAAGAGAUUUGAACACAUCGUGCGGGAGACUCGAGCGCAGAGAAGGACCCGGGCGAGGUCGUUGAGCAGUCGUUCAAGGAGCCAAAUGAAGAGCGAGACUAGUGAAAGGACGGACGAUCCAAGUCAGAGUGAGAAGGGUGUGAAUGGAAGACGAAUUGUUGUUCUCCGCGACAGUCUCAAUCCUGGUGGAAUGAAAGUACCGCGAACUCCACAAUCCCCCUCGGUGUCCUACAUGGGCCUUCAUCCGAAGCUGAAUCGCGAGAUCACCUUUGCCGAUGAAGUGCCUAAGAAUAUAGAGCCUACACAGUCGACCUCGGACAUGGCACGGAUACCGGAACACAGUGACAUUUCGCGACACGUUGAGUUUUUGGAACGGCAGCAGAACGAUGCGAAGAAAGGUGGUGCUUUCUACAUUCCUGGCCCGCGCGAUUUUGAUCGUGGCGAGGUUCCCGAGCAAAUUGCACCAGAUGAGGAGGACACCAUUGAGCGUCUGCCUACCAGGUCCGACCGCGCAAGAAGCCCGGACCACAAAGGAAUAGCCUUUGCCGAUGAGGAGCAUCCCAAGCGCAAUAUUACCAUCGACGUGCCGGAACACCCAGCACAUCGGGAUCGCAGGAGUACCGAGGAGCCAAGUUCGUCCAGCCCAGUUAACCAGAAGUCUGCUUUCUCCCGGAUGCGUAGUAACAGUAACAGACUGGGAGAGCGCUCUCGCAGCUUUGCACAGACCUGGACGAACAUUACACAGACUUUCACUCAGUCGAGGGACGAGGAGCCUAUGCCAUACUUCGCAUGGUCAGCUACGACGGGUCGCAACAGUGCUUUCCUCGGUUUGACAGCAGAGCAGCGAGAGGAGCUGGGUGGAAUUGAGUACCGCUCACUGAAAACUCUCGUGAAGAUCUUGCUCUCCUACUACGUGGGAUUUCACGUUCUAGGUAUGGUAGUGUUCUUACCGUGGAUCACGAACACCUACUGGCAAGACACUGUACGGAGUUUUGGCCAGAAUCCUGCUUGGUGGGGAGUCUUCACACCGGCAUCGAUGUUCAACGACCUCGGUUUCACGCUCACGGCAAAUUCGAUGAUCGGGUUCCAAGACAGCGUCCUUGCGCUGUUGUUCGGGUCCUUCCUGAUUAUCAUCGGCAACACCGGGUUUCCCUGUCUAUUGCGAUUUAUAAUCUGGACGCUCUCGAAAAUGGUGCCUCGUGAUAGCGGAAUCUGGGAAGAGCUGCGUUUCCUGCUCGAUCAUCCACGUCGCUGCUUUACACUCCUGUUUCCUUCGAAAGCGACGUGGUGGCUGUUUUGGGUCCUCAUCUUGCUUAACGGCAUCGACCUGAUGUUCUUCAUUAUUCUGGACUUGAACCAAGCUGCGGUCACUGCACUUCAUCCUGGUCUUCAAGUCCUCAAUGGCUGGUUCCAAGCUGUUUCCACACGAACGGCAGGCUUCGCGUCUGUGAAUCUUGCGGACUUGCACUCUGCGAUUCAGGUUAGCUACAUGAUCAUGAUGUACAUCUCCAUCUUUCCAAUCGCCAUCUCCGUGCGACGGACGAACGUGUACGAGGAACAGUCUCUAGGCCUAUUCGGUGGCGAAGAGACAGCCGCAGGGGAUGGUGAGCCAAGCUAUGUCAGCAUGCAUUUGCGGCGACAAUUGUCCUUCGAUUUGUGGUACAUCUUCUUGGGACUCUUCAUCAUCACCAUCGUCGAAGGUGACCGUAUCGCCGACCCCGGAGAGCCCUCCUUCACGAUUUUCGCGAUCCUUUUCGAAAUCGUGUCGGCUUAUGGCACAGUCGGCCUUUCGCUCGGAUACCCUACUAUCAACGCUUCCUUCUCCGCCGAGUUCAAGACCAUUUCAAAGCUCAUUAUUAUUGCCAUGAUGGUUCGUGGUCGCCACCGUGGUCUGCCCUAUGCUCUUGAUCGCGCUAUUCUGCUCCCCAGCGAAAAGUUGCAGCAGAAGGAAGCAGAAGAGUCAGAACGUAGAACCAAUAUCCGACGGCGUGGGAGC